AUGAAGCCCAUUAUUGGCCUCACAGCAGUUGCUGCACUUGUCUAUCGAGCCUGGGCUCGCAAAUCGCUCACCCCUCUUGGCUUGGUGGUCGCCGCGAUCUCCGCGACCGCCCAUGCCCUCCACCCGUGGUCAACACCGUUUUUGCUGCUCGCGAUAUUCUACUAUGGCGGAACCAAGGCUACCAGGGUAAAACACGAUGUGAAAGCGCGCUUGACCCUUUCGGCGACCGGCACUGAAGGUGGCGAAGGACCGCGAAACCACAUCCAGGUGCUGGCAAACUCGGGCGUUGCGAUGAUAUUGAGCAUUGUACACACAAUGGUCCUAGCCAGAUCGCCCGCGCAGUCGUGCUUCGGCCAUAGCUCCGCAGAUAUUUUAAUGGUGGGGGUGGUAGCGAACUAUGCCGCCACCGCUGCCGAUACAUUCUCUUCUGAACUGGGAAUUCUCUCCAAAUCGAGCCCUCGCCUUAUUACAUCCCUCACUCUCCGUCAAGUGCCGCCGGGUACCAAUGGCGGCGUGACUGCCUGGGGUCUUGUUGCUGGCCUGUUGGGAUCUUUCACAAUUGCUUUGACAUCUGGCAUUUUUCUUCCAUUUUGCGCCGAGUCGAGUAUCCAGGACCGUCUAGUGUGGACGGUGGCUAUCUCAUUCUGGGGUCUGAUGGGAAGUGUCUUGGACAGCGUGCUGGGCGGACUUUUACAAGCCAGUGUUGUGGAUAAGAGGAGUGGCAAGGUUGUCGAAGGAAGUGGCGGCAGAAAGGUCCUCAUUCACCCGGGAUCCACCAAAGGGGCGCCCACCAUUGGCAUCUCGGAGUCAGCCGAGUCAGCGGGAAGCGCCCGACUGCGCAAGACCGAGGCUGUUGUGGACACGGUAACUCUACAGGGAAAUCAAGCCGGGCAAGCUCACGAAGGUCACGAGAGCCGGCGGAUUGAAACCGGCCAUGAUUGGCUGGACAACAAUGGAGUGAACACUCUUAUGGCGGCUCUCAUGAGCUUGGGGGCCAUGUGUAUAGCACAGUGGGGUUGGGGCGUGGAUGUGCGUGAACUGUGGGUUUAG